UUUUAGAAUGAAUUACUUUACAAUAUUUCUAGUACUACAGACUUACUUUAUACAGAAUGCACUUGCCCAUUGCACCAGACUUCCACCAGCACCUGCAAACAUUCCAGAAUGCGCCAUAAAUAAACCUGUAAUUCCAGAAGAUGAAUCUAGUAGCGGAUUUGGGACUGUUUCCGUAUUUGGUGAUCUGCCCUUAUCUGGGGCAACCCAGGUGGUUGGACAAGUACCUGUUUUGGGCGUGGCCAGAUUCUCUGGGAGCGUUCCAGCUAGAGGUUUCGUAACCAUUUCUGGAGGAUGUGGAUGUGGGAGCCAAUAUAUUGAAUCUGCUUAACACUUCAAUUUACAUUUAAAUCACUUUUCUAAAUACCAAAUAUUAUUUUUAGAGCUUAGAAGAAAUUCAAAAUAUCCUACUAAUAUUAUUAACGUGAAUAUUUGUAAGUAUUGAUGGAUAUUUGUUACUCUUUUACGUAAAAACUGAAUGGAUUGUAAUGAAACUUUACAAUAAUUUAUAAAGAUAUUGUGUGAAUUGUCCAAAAUUUUGACGUGCGCUGCCAAAACUAGAGCUAGAGUUACACAGUUACAAGAUACAUAUAUCUUAAAUAGUCAAUAUCUUUAGUAGUUUUUUUCUACGCCAUGCUAGUAUAGGGUACUCUAAAUGCUAAUCCUGCGCAGAGGAGGCGCGGGCACCAGCUAGUAUUACAAUAAAUAAAAAAUUACAAA